UAUAUAUUUAUUUAUGGGUCUUACUAUGGGCCGCCGUUUGAAAUAUUUGGGCUUUAUUAUGGGCCGCCAUUUUAAUAUUUGUGCCGCCAUUCAAAUGUUUGGGCCUCAAACCUUCUCGAAGACGGAGACGGACUGACCCUUUUGUAGUUUGGUUCUUUUACUAAAACAGAGCUAACAAGAUAAGAAAGAAGGUUAAAACCAACACAUUGUCUUUUUACUACGAUUCCAAAAGUGAGGAGAUCAUCAAUCAAUUGGGUUUUUGAAUUACGUGGAAAUCAGGCAGUGAGACACUGAAAUUGGAUUUUGCCGUCUAAAGCAAAAAGACACAAUAAUUAUUCGAUGAGAGGUGGGAGUUGGGGAGAUAGAUACCCAUUUUUCCAAAGCUCCCAAUUCACAACUCAGUAUGGCUGGCUUUCUUCUUCCCGCUGAGGCAGCAUCAUCAUCAUCAGCCCCCAAUGAGCUCCAACAAAUGCAAAUUGAAGAGCCCCCACCAUCACAAUUCAUUGUGAAAGAAAGUGCUUUUGGCUCUGUGGAGUCUUCUCCUCCAUUAGUUCAGAUUCCCAUCGUUGAUGUCAGUCUGGUCUUCAGCUCGCAAGAUGAACUAGAGAAGCUAAAGAACGCUCUCAGCUCAUGGGGAUGCUUCCAGGCAAUUGGACAUGGGAUUUCAAGCUCAUUUCUAGAUAAGGUGCGCGAAGCAGCAGAACACUUCUUCUCACUUCCAAUGGAAGAGAAGCACAAGUGCUUUCGAGCAGUUAAGGAAGCUGAAGGAUAUGGGAGUGACUUGAUAGUUUCCGAUAAGCAAAUUCUCGACUGGUCCAAUCGCCUCUUUCUAAUGGUAUUUCCGGAAAAUCAAAGAAGGCUCAAUCUUUGGCCAGAAAUGCCAAAUGAUUUUGGAGAGAUCUUGAUUGAAUACGCUACAAAGAUAAGGUCUUUAAUGGAUCUCUGCUUUAAGGCCAUGGCAAAGUCACUGCAACUGGAAGAGGACAUCUUCCUGAAGCAUUUUGGAGACCAAGCUGUGGUGCAAGCAAGAUAUAACUUCUACCCACCUUGUCCUAGAUCAGAUUUGGUUCUUGGCCUCAAAUCUCAUUCAGAUAAAUCAGGGGUCACUAUCCUCUUGCAGGAUCAACAAGUUGAAGGCCUUCAGCUUUUCAAAGAUGGUACAUGGUUCAGAGUUCCUAUAAUACCCCAGGCUCUUAUUGUCAAUCUAGGUGAUCAAAUGGAGAUAAUGAGUAAUGGAAUAUUCAAGAGCCCACUGCACAGAGUCACAACAAACACAGAAAGGAUGAGGGUAUCUGUGGCCAUGCUUAUUGAGCCAGCAGCUGAACAAGAGAUUGGUCCAGUGGAUGACUUGGUGGAUGAGAAAAGACCAAGACUCUAUCAGAAUGUGAAGAAUUAUGGUGCUUUUAACUAUCAUUGUUAUCAGAAAGGGUUGGUAGCUCUUGAUGCAGUGAAAAUGUAAUUCUCCUUUAUUGUUCCUCUAUCCAGCACAUAACAUUGAUGUUCACUUCAAAAAAUAAAAAUAAACAUUAUGGAUAUGGAUAUCUGGCUGGCUGCCCGUAUCUGCAAAAA